UAUGAUCAAAUUCAACUCCUUAUACAUUUGACAUUCAUGAUACUUUGAGGCUGUCUCUAUUGUUAGGACCCAGGGGACUCUGCAAGGGUAAUGCUUUCCUUAAACCACUCCCCGCUCCGCAAACGGCUCAGGUGUCCGUAGCAACCGGACAGGCUUCGCUCUUUCUAGCAGCUAGCCCGGGUAGAAAGAGACGGAGCCGCUGUCCCCACCCUCCUGCCGGAUUGCCCCCUUCCGCAUGGAGGGCUAGCUGCCCCCGGCUCCUGCUACCCGAUGCUUGGAUGUAAAGGUGGAGACGACAGGUUGGCAUCAUGACUGACAGAUACCACAGAGCUGCCCGGGACGGCUAUUUGGACUUACUGAAAGAGGCCACCAGGAAGGAUCUUAACGCUCCGGACGAAGAUGGAAUGACACCCACUCUCUGGGCCGCCUAUCACGGCAACCUUGAGGCGCUGCGGCUCAUAGUGGGAAGAGGGGGAGAUCCGGACAAAUGUGACAUCUGGGGGAACACGCCUCUCCACCUGGCGGCGGCCAACGGGCACCUAAACUGCCUGUCCUUCUUGGUGUCGUUCGGUGCCAACGUGUGGUGCCUAGACAAUGACUACCACACACCGCUGGACAUGGCCGCCAUGAAGAGCCACAUGGACUGCGUGCGCUACCUGGACUCCAUCGCUGCCAAACAAACCAGCCUCAACCCCAAGCUGGUGAGCAAACUGAAGGACCGGGCGUUCCGCGAGGCCGAGCGGCGGAUCAAGGAGUGCGUGAAGAUGCAGAGGAAGCACCACCAGCGCAUGGAGAAGAAGUACCAAAAGGAGGCCUCGGACGCGUCCGACGCCAUGAGCUUCUCCAGCUACUCCAGCAGCACCAUGAGCCGGAAGCUGCAGCACCUCAACCUGGUUCCCACCUCCAUGCCAUACUCCCAGGCCACCCUUCAUGCAACUGCCAAGGGCAAAACCAAGAUCCAGAAGAAGCUGGAGAAGAAGAAGCAGGGGGACGGCACCUUCAAGAUCUACGAGGACGGGCGGAAGAGCGUGCGCUCUCUGUCCGGUGUGCAGCUGGGCAGCGACGUCAUGUUCGUCAGGCAAGGCACCUAUGCCAGCCCUAAGGACAGGACUCGGCGCAACAUCAGGGACAUGUUCCCCAGUGACGAUGACGCUGUCUCGCGUGCCAUAAGUGACCCAGGGCUGCACCUGGACUCCGCCUACUCCGAGGUCAGCACGGACUCGGGGCAUGACUCCCUCUUCAACCGGCCAGGGCUGGGCACCAUGGUGUUCCGGCGGAACUACGUCAGCGGGGGCUUGUUCGGUAUCGGGCGGGACGACGCCAGCGUGGCUGGCAGCGAUCUGGAGGGCCGCAUGGGCAACGUGCGGCUCCGCAGCCGUCUGCAGCGUGCCCCGAGCCUCACCGACAGCAUCGGCAGUGCCAACAGCCUGCAGGAGCGCCACGCGGAGGAGCUGCCCUGGGACGACGUGGAGCUGGGGCUGUACGACGACGACGAGCCGGAAACCAGCCCCUUGGAGACCUUCCUGGCCACCCAGGGCAUGUCGGAGUUCAUCCCCGUCUUCAAGAGGGAGAAGAUAGACCUGGAGGCCCUGAUGCUGUGCUCUGAUCAGGACCUCAAGAGUAUCAACAUCCCGCUCGGGCCCAGGAAGAAGAUCUUGGAGUCCUGCAAGCGCCGGAGAGAGACCAUCGAUGAUCCUGAUUUUAUUGAGGACACAGAGCUGUGA